UCUGUUGCGGCAUAUCGAAAUGAAGGCUUUCGUCGUGUGUGCAGCCCUCUUGGUCUCCGCCUGUCAGGCGGAGGUUUCCCCCAAGCUCAUGAAGGCCGCUCUCCGGGCCAAAUGGACUUCUUACAAAGCUGCGCAUAAGAAAUCCUACUCCGCCGCCGAGGAGAGCUUGCGCAUGGCCAACUAUCUCGAUAACACCCGUGUCAUCGAGGAGCACAAUGCCCGCUUCCACCAGGGUCUCGAGAGCUAUGAGCUGGGCCACAACGAGCUUUCCGACCUCACUCUGGAGGAGAUCAAGAGCACCCGUAUGGGUCUCGUUCUCCCUCCGAACGCUGCUGAGAUCGCGGCCAACGCUUCCCGUCACUUCGCUCCUUCGGAUAUCGUUGCCCCUGGCAGCGUCGAUUGGAGAUCGAAGAGGUGUGUUCAGUACGUCAAGAACCAAGGAUCCUGCGGAUCAUGCUACAGUUUCUCCGCUCUGGGAGCCCUCGAGACCUCUUAUUGCAACAAGCACGGCCAGCUCCCUGACCUCGCGGAGCAGCACCUUGUAGACUGUGCGGGCCGCGGAUGCAGCGGUGGAUGGAUGCACGACAUGUUCAACUACCUUCAGUCAAAUGGAGGCGCAAUCGAUCAGAGACGCUACCCGUACACGGGAAAGGUGGAACAGUGCAAGCAGGACCGCAUGCCCAAGGCUGCCGGAGUUGCAACUUACAAGCAGAUCAGCCGUGGUAACGAGAACGAGCUCAUGCAAGCCAUCGCAACGGUUGGAACUGUUUCCAUCGCCUACAAUGCCGGAACUCAACAACACUCCUACUACAGAGGAGGAAUCCUCGACGUUCCCAACUGUGGAAACACUCCCACUCACGCCGUGCUUCUCGUUGGGUAUGGAACCGAAAACGGAAAGGACUUCUGGACCCUCAAGAACUCCUGGGGUGAGGGCUGGGGCGAGAGAGGAUUCUUCCGUCUCGCCAGAGGAAAGAACAUGUGCGGUAUCGCCGACUGGGCCUCCUACCCCACUGCUGCUUGAAUAAAUUCGGAUUCUCCGAUAUCUU